GUCCCAUCAUUCCUCCUGUCACUGGCAGCUAGGUCUGGUGGGAAUGGGGGGGAGGAAUCUGGAGGCCCACAAUUGCUCCUGCUGCUGUUUCCCAAGACCGUUGCGUAGAGUAACAAAAAUGGAACACCCAUCUUCAACUGCAGUCUACCUCACAAUUGUCACUCGCCAGGAAGAAACUACAAGAAAUGGCUUUCUUCAUCAUGUCUGUACGUGGUUAUCCGGACGAACUCUGUGGGAAUUGGGGCUGCAGAGAGUGGGUUAGGCAGGCCCUCCUGGAGUUGCUCCAUCCACAGAAAAGGGGGAGUUAUUCCUGGGUGCAACUUGCUGCUACUGAGUGCAGACCCUCCCGGACUUAAACUGGCAGGGAAUACUCUGUCUCCCAAAAGCAGCAUGCCCAACCUCCAGUCUGGAUUGAAAAAUCUGGUCUGACCUUAUGGACUGUUAAGUUAGAAACAGAACUGGAGAAUCGUGGUGCUAGGAGGGAUUCCUUGGGGUCAUCUAGUCCACCCCAACUGAGGCAACCAUAGGUAGGUUCCAUCUGAAUGCCUGCUAGGUGUACAAUCUAGGAAGAGCGACCUGUCACACCGGGUUGGGUUGCAGGGACACACACAUAUACACCCACCCACAAAUCACAAAUUGAAUAAUAAUGUGCUUUUUCCGUGCACAAAACGAGGUGCCGUAGGCAGGACCACCAGUGGAAAAUAAUUCUCCCUGGCCAUCCUUGCAGAUCUUUGCAAAAUUUCAGAUUUAAACUUUGUGGAAUGCGGAACUUUGCAAAGUUUCCACCUUUAGAAACUGGGUGUUGAGGUCUGACUUUCCCUCCCAGCCGCCUUCUCACUGGGUUGGGCGUGGUUCCCUCACCUGCCCAAAAGAGGGCGCUGUGGCCAUACCCCCACGCUUCCCUCUCAGGUGCCAAGUGGCAAAGCGGGCAUUUGGCAAGCACCCAGAUGCCCGCCCUUUUGGGGCGUUGGUGCCAGAUCCUGUUAGCAGCUGGAGCCAGAGAGACGAGCCGGUCCGUGCUGUUCACCCUGAGCCCCCCACCCCUGGAGAAGUGGACCUGCCGAGCAUGGCUGUGUGGCCCCUGUUCCUCCUGGUGGCCUUUGCUCCAGAACUGCUCAGCAUGCAGCCGGUGCAUAGCACGACAGUAACUGCAGUAUCAAAAGCACCUGCAACAACCCUGGCUUCUUCUCUUGCUGUUUCUGGUGCGGAGAUGUCUACCAGAAGCCAGGGGCCUAGGAGGACUACCUCAAAUCGACCCACAAAGACAGUGGAGGCCCACUCGGCUCACCGGAACACCUCCGUCCUGCCGCCUGCUUCUACUCGCACGGAAACUCCUGCCACCAAGCACAUGACCGAAAGGCCAGGGAGUGCGACCACCGGAUGGGAAACUUCAACAAUGCUGGAGACCUCCAACGAGCCACCGGCUAGCCCAGGGAAGGAGCCUGCUAGCCACACCACAGUCAUGGACCAGCCUGGCGAUGAUGAUGAUACCCCCCUCUCACAAAAACCAGGCCUGAUUGCUGUGAUUUGCAUCUUUAUGGCAAUUCUGCUCAUCGGGGCUGUUGUGAUCCUGGUGAAAUUUUGCCACUCGAGGGAGCCGUCUUUCAAGAAACUGGAUGAAGUGCCCAUGGGAAGAGUCACGGAAGAUUCUCCGUUUGCCCGUUACCCACCAAAAUAACCCAGCCCUGUAUUCUGCUGUUUACAAACACCUUUGGACAGUUACAGUCUUUGGUGGGAUUUGAACCUGCUUUCUCUUGACGGUGGCUUUUUGAAAGAAAUAAAAAUCCUUGCCCAACUUGUUUCAAAGACAAAAUAGUGUAUUUUUCUCUCUCUCUUAGGUGUCACUUUUGAGUGGGUUUGGGGUUUGUUUGUUUUUUGCCUGCUGCAUACAUAGAAGCAGCUUGGUGGGCACCUGCUUAAAUCAGAGGUGUUGUUUCUCCAGAGUCACAGCUGUUUUGAUCUUGCACAGCUUAUCUGUUUUGGCCAUGUAAGGCCUGGUGUCUCGGGGGAAAAAAAGUCUGUGUGAUACAGACAUUGAGCA